AUGUUGAGGAUUUUUAGAGUUGAUCACAAGAAUGAGUUGACUAUCCAAGAUCCAAGGUUGAUGUAUAUCGAUGUGACGAAGGACACAAACAUUAAACAAGAAUAUAUCAAGAAGAAGGUUCCAAAAAUUAGAGACACGACUUUUCCAUUGUAUUUAGAAAACUACGUUUUAUGGAACGAAAAUGAAUUAAUAAUGAAGUCCAUAAAGAAUGAUGAUGAAAUUACAGUGGCAGAAUCUGAAUUGUACAAAGCAUUUUAUGGUUACUAUGAAACUAGAGAUGUCCCAGUUGUUGCUUUUUAUCUCAAUGACGAAGAGUUGGAAUUCUUGAAAUCUAAGAACAAAGCUAGAAAUAUUAGGUAUGAAUUUUUUGAUGAAAAUGAACCUGGAGUAGGAACUAGUAGAUGGUUAUUGUUUCCUGGACGAAUUGACAUGGGUUAUCACUACGUUCUGACCUAUGGACUCAUAAUGCAAGAUAUUGAAGAAGAGCCACGAAUGUUUUAUUUUACUGAAAAUGAUAGAUUGUUUUGUGGUACCAGGAGUAUGAGUAUUAGCACUAUAGAGGUUAAGGAUAUUUUGGAUUGCCCACAGUCACAGUAUGAUAUAUCAGAAAAGGUCUACAAUUUUGAUACUCACAGAGAUAGAGCGAUGUAUGCUUCUAAAAUAGAUACAGAAUUCCUUGCUAAACAUCUUGGUGUUCCGUUGAAGUUUUUGGAUCAGACAUUCAUGCCGGAAUAA